CCCCACUCUGGAGUCUACUGUAACCCCUGUGGAAGGAAGUUAGAAUUUCUCCUACGAGACUGAAUGAGGAAGGGGUCAGGCAUCCGCGGCUCCCUAAAACACGUCUGGCUUCGAGAGCCGAAGACCUGGGCACUUCCGUUCCCGGCUGCCCCGAGACCGGAAGCGGAACUGCGCGGCGGCGGCGGACGUCUGCGGCCGUGCGGGACUGCGCGGCUCGCGACGGUGGGAGUGUCUCCGGCCGGUCUGCAGGGAGGACAUCUACUGAGAUCUUGAACCCUGGAGCUGAUGUCAUGGAGUCAGUCACCUUUGAGGAUGUGGCCAUGGGGCUCAUGCAGGAGCGGGCAUUGCUGGAUGAGGUGCGGAGGGACCUGUGCAGACACCUGAUACUGGACGACUGCCAGACCCUGACCUGCAGGGACUGGGGAUCUCAGUGCAGAUGUAAAGAGUCAGCGUCUUUGCAGGGUACACUGGAAGACAUACCAUCCAGUGACAUGCAGAUGGGACUGAAGGUGACCUUGCAGAUUCAGAGGGUGGUGACGCCGGUGCCCACGCUGGGUCUCCCCAUCCCAUGGGUGGCCAGGGCUUCUGCUCUGCGUGCUCAGGACCCUGCCUGGCUCCAAGAAGAGCAGGAAGCCACAGCUCCUGGGUUGCUGACCACCUGUUCCCAGGAACCAGUCUCCUUCGCGGAUGUGGCGGUGGUAUUCACCCCAGAAGAAUGGGUGUUUCUGGACUCUGCUCAGAGAAGCCUGUACAGAGAUGUGAUGCUGGAGAACUAUAGGAACCUGGCCUUCGUGGGAGAUCAACUAUGCAAACCCAGUACGUUGUCCCACUGGGAGCAAAGAGAGGAGCUGUGGAGCACUGGGAGAGGAGUCUUCCCAGAGACCUGUUUAGGACCUCACCUUCAACCCCAAGAAUCAAUUCCUAGCCAAGAUAUUUUUGUGGGCAUUCCAUCCAUUGGCACAAAUCAGGAGCAGCCGCAGCCUGGAGAAAAGCGACGUGAGUACGGGGAGCCGGGGAAGCCCUUUAGUACUGCCGAGCCACUGCUUCAGUACCAGACAGCUGCUGCGGGCGAGGCCCCCUACCCACGGCAAGAGGGCAGGCAGUCCUUCCUCCAGACCACUCACCUGAUCACGCCUGGAAAAGUCCGCGGCGUGGAUAAAACGUACGCAUGCAGCCAGUGUGAAAAGUCCUUCCGAUACAGCUCUGACCUCCUCAGGCACGAGAAGACUCACACCGCAGAGAAGUUCUUCGAGUGCCAAGAAUGUGGACAGGCCUUCAAGUAUUCCUCGAAUCUGCGGAGACACCUGCGAACUCACACUGGAGAGAAACCCUUUGAGUGCGUUCAGUGUGGGAAAACCUUCACCCGGAACUUCAACCUGAUUCUGCACCAGAGAAACCACACGGGAGAGAAGCCCUAUGCGUGCAAGGACUGCGGGAAAGCCUUCAAUCAGCCGUCCUCUCUGCGCAGCCACGUGAGGACCCACACUGGAGAGAAGCCCUUCGAGUGCAGCCAGUGCGGGAAAGCCUUCAGGGAGCACUCGUCGCUGAAGACGCACCUGCGGACCCACACCAGAGAGAAGCCCUACGCGUGCAGCCAGUGCGGGAAGCCCUUCCGGACCAGCACGCAUCUGAACGUGCACAAGAGAAUCCACACGGGGGAGAAGCUGUACGAGUGUGGGACAUGUGGUCAGGUCUUGAGUCGCCUGUCCACCCUGAAGAGUCACAUGCGGACUCACACGGGAGAGAAGCCCUACGCGUGCCAGGAGUGCGGGCGAGCUUUUAGCGAGCCCUCGUCCCUCAGGAAGCACGCGAGGACGCACACGGGCAAGAAGCCCUACGCGUGCCAGGAGUGCGGGCGAGCCUUCGGCCAGUCCUCACACCUCAUCGUCCACGUGAGGACCCACUCUUCGGGGAGACCCUAUCCGUGCAACCAGUGUGAGAAAGCCUUCAGGCACAGCUCGUCGCUUGCCGUGCACAGGAGGACCCACACGGGCAGAGAGAGCGUCCGGAAUGGCGGCUUGCCUCCGUCAGGGCCUCAGCCCUACGGGGCCUUGUCAGCUAGCUCUGGGUUUGUAAAAGGGUAGACAUUUGGGCCGCCAGUGCUUCUUACACUCGUUAGCCUGUGUCUCAUCUUGCCACGUCCGGCAGGUGAAACCAGCCCUGGCCUAUUUAUUCUUGUUACACAAAAAGAAUGAAUUUCUACUGUACAAGACAUUGUUGAGGACACAAUAGGACAGAAUGGGGGUGGGUUUAUUUAUUUUACCACAAACCCCUAGGGGAUACAUUUGUUAUGUCAGUUUAU